AUGCCAGCUCCCUCCAAAUCCUCCAGCGAGGAAGACCGACGCCAGUCCUCGGUGGAUGAGACCGAGCUCCGAAGGUCCCAAUCCCACUAUUCACAACGAAGCAACGGACUGGAUCAUGUCCGCAGCCACGUCUCCCACCACGACAUGGCCGUCAACGAGGAUUUCCACGAAGUCGACGCAGAACAAUACCUCCGCUUCUCACCUGCACGCAAAGUCAUCAUCGUCGGCGUAUUAUCCUUUUGCUCAUUCCUAGCACCAAUCUCCUCGACAUCCAUUCUGGCCGGUGUUCCAGAAGUGGCCAAGACAUACAACACAACGGGAAGUAUUGUCAAUGCCAGUAAUGCGCUUUACAUGGCUUUCAUGGGCAUUGCGGCUCCGUUCUGGGGCCCUUUUAGCCAGGUCUGGGGGAGACGACCAGUCUUCCUUGUUAGUGCUUUUUUGUUCUUUGCCUUUUCCAUUGGCACGGCACUGGCUCCCAACUUGCCUGCAUACUAUAUCUUCCGUGUGUUGACUGCUUUCCAAGGAACUUCCUUUUUGGUCGUUGGUAGCUCAGCCCUGGGUGAUGUCUAUGAACCGCGUGCUCGAGCAACGGCUCUAGGAUGGUUUCUGUCAGGGACCUUGAUUGGACCGGCAUUCGGACCAUUCCUUGGUGGCGUGAUUGUAACAUUCCGAUCAUGGCGAGUCAUCUUCUGGCUCCAGGCUGCCCUGGGUGGCUGUGGAACAUUGCUAGUCUUCUUCUUCUUCCCAGAGACCUACCCCAACCUCACAAAAAGCGAUAUGUCAGAAAAAACACCCUGGCAGAAAAUCAUCUUCCUCUGGCAUCGUGUCUCACCACUACGCGUCGCAAUCAUGCUUGUCAAAUACCCCAAUUUGCUCCUCACAGGCAUCGCUGCUGGAUCAUUGGUCUGGAAUCAGUACUCUCUCCUAACGCCCAUUCGAUACGUUCUCAACCCCCGCUUCAAUCUAACCACCCCUAUUCAAUCGGGCCUGUUCUACAUCGCCCCAGGCUGCGGAUACCUAGUUGGAACAUUCAUGGGCGGCCGAUGGGCCGACCACACGGUGAAAAAAUGGAUCCGAAAGCGCGGUGGAGUCAGGGUCCCAGAAGACAGACUUAAGUCCUGUCUUCUAUUUCUGGGUGGUGUCAUCCCAGGCUGUAUUCUGAUAUAUGGCUGGACUAUUGAGAAGGCAGUUGGGGGGAUUCCAGUUCCUGUACUGGCUAUGUUCUUCCAAGGUGUUGCUCAGCUGUUCUGCUUCCCCAGUCUCAACACUUAUAGUCUAGAUGUGAUGCAGUCGAGUGGUCGGAGUGCAGAGGUUGUUGCUGGAAGUUACAUGCUUCGGUACUUCUUUGGUGCUUUGGGCUCUGGGCUUGUUCUUCCUGCUAUUGAGGCUAUGGGUGUGGGGUGGUUCAGUACGAUCAGUGCGUUUUUCUUGAUUUUAUCUGGCCUCGGUGUCUGGUUGACCACUGUCUUUGGGGACCAAUGGCGGGACAAGGUCGAAAAGAAAGAAUUGCAAAAGGCCGAGAAGAAAGCCAGUGCGCCACAGCAAGGUGAAAAGAGUGAGGCUUGA